AUGGCCAUCUUGAAGAAGCCCCAACCGUUCAAAAAGGCACUUCAUUUCUCUGAAAAAGAGUUUGAGGAGCGACAGCGACGCGCUCUCGAACUCAUGAAGCAAGAGGAACUCGAUGGCUUCCUGAUUACGAAACAAGAAACCCUUUACUACCUCACUGGAUAUGACACUUUCGGAUACGUCUUCUUCCAAGCCAUGUACUUCCACAAGGAUGGCUCGAAAAAGUUGAUAACACGUAUGCCCGAUCUUCGACAGGCUCUCUACACCUCUGUCUUGACAUACGACGAUAUCAUGAUACGAUCGGAUGAUGCCGACAGCAACCCGGUUUCUUUGGUGCCACUUGUUAUGAAAGAAUUCGGCAUCAACUCGCCAUCUAAACGCAUCGGCUAUGAGCCUAACUCUGCAACUUUGACCCUCGAGGUUGGAAAAUUGUUAGAGGAGUCUGUGGCUGGUUUGUGCAGUUUGGUCAACCAUAGCAACUUGUUCACUCGCGAACUGCGGAUUGUUAAGUCCCCAGCUGAACUACGCAAGAUCCGUAAGGCAGCCUAUCUGGCUGAUUUCGCACUUAUCAGAACGUUGAAACUGGCUAAGCCUGGAGCUUACGAGGGGGAUCUAUGGCGGGAAAUCGUCGGUACAGUUUACGAAGGUGGUGGCGAUGAUCCCGCAAAUGAAAACAUUCUCGUUUCGGGGAACAAGGCUGUCCUGACUCGCUAUUCGGCCGGGAAAUCAACUAUCGAACGCCAACUCACCUUGGAACAUGCUGGCGUCUACAAGCACUACCACGCCUGCCUUAUGCGAACCAUCCACAUUGGUGGUGUUACUGCACUAGCCCGACGAAUGUUUGAAGUCAAUAUCCUGCAGAUGGAAGCUGCGAUGGCUGCAUUGAAGCCGGGCCGCGCGAUUGAGGAUGUGUUCGAAGCCUACGCGAGAGUGGCCGAUGAGAAUGGAUUCAAGGACCAACGAUUUAAUGCCUGUGGCUACAGCCUAGGCGCUACUUUUGCGCCUACCUGGAUGGACUUCCCCAUGUUUGUCCGAGGCCAGAAGGUAAUUGCACAGCCAGGAAUGGUGUUUUUCAUUCAUAUUAUCCUUAUGGACAAGGCCACCGAUACGGCCAGCUCCAUUGGCCAAACUGUCGAGGUUACGCAGGACGGGUGCGUCUCGCUCUCCAAGUUGCCGUUCCAUAUUACUCGGAAACAAACAAUCGCUGCUUGGAAGAAGGUGAAGAAGGAGGACUAUGGAUUUACGGCAGAGGAAGAGGAUGAGGGUGAGAACCUUCGGGAUGUGGAACUCUCUGAUGGCGAUGUUGAUGCUGAGGAUUAUGAUGUCGAGUAUGACUUUUCCGAAUAUCAGCCUUCGGCUCCCCCUGGGGACCCGACUCAGCUUGUCUAG